AGUUCCGCGGGGAGGGGGAAAGCAGGAAGCGGGGAGAGGGAAGUGGGAAGAGUUGUGUUGCCGGGGGUGCGGUGAGGUUUUAAAACUGCAGGACGGUUUAAAUCGCCCUUUGUCGGGAUGGACGCGCGAGCGCGUGCUAAGCGCUACGAAAAACUGGCUUUCUUGGGUGAAGGACAGUUUGCUACAGUUUAUAAAGCAAGAGACAAGAAUACAAAUCAAAUAGUUGCUAUUAAAAAGAUCAAACUUGGACAUCGAUCAGAAGCUAAAGAUGGUAUAAAUAGAACAGCCCUUAGAGAAAUAAAACUACUGCAGGAACUUAGCCAUCCAAAUAUUAUAGGGCUUCUUGAUGCAUUUGGACACAAAUCUAACAUUAGUCUAGUGUUUGAUUUUAUGGAAACUGAUCUAGAGGUUAUAAUAAAGGACACUAGUCUUGUGUUGACACCUUCUCACAUCAAAGCAUACAUGCUAAUGACACUUCAAGGUUUGGAAUAUUUACAUGAACAUUGGAUCCUUCAUAGGGAUCUUAAGCCAAACAACUUGCUGCUAGAUGAAAAUGGAGUUUUGAAGCUGGCUGACUUUGGUCUGGCAAAAUCUUUUGGAAGUCCAAACAGAGUUUACACACACCAAGUAGUAACAAGGUGGUAUCGAGCUCCUGAGCUACUAUUUGGUGCUAGAAUGUAUGGCGUAGGUGUAGAUAUGUGGGCAGUGGGCUGCAUAUUGGCUGAAUUGCUUCUCAGGGUGCCAUUUUUGCCAGGAGACUCUGACCUGGAUCAACUCACAAAGAUAUUUGAAACCCUGGGUACUCCAACAGAGGAACAGUGGCCUGGUAUGACCACUCUUCCAGAUUAUGUUACUUUUAAAAGUUUUCCUGGAAUGCUGCUUCAUCACAUCUUCAGUGCUGCUGGUGAUGAUUUGCUAGAACUUCUGCAAGGCUUAUUUACAUUUAAUCCUUCUACUAGGGUCACAGCUACUCAGGCGCUGAAACACAAGUAUUUUAGUAAUCGACCAGCACCAACACCUGGAAGCCAGUUGCCAAGACCCAACUGCCCUGCAGAAGCCUUGAAAGAGCAACAAAAUCCAGUAACAAAUUUAAAAAGAAAAAGAAUGGAUGGAGCAGAUCAAGGGUUGCCAAAAAAAUUGGUGUUUUGACUACCGUGGAAACAGGGAUAUCGACUAUUUCUGCUGCUAUGAAGUCUGAAAAGACCAAAUAAUGUGAAAUUUCCAGUGUCACAGUUUGGAUUAAAACAUAAUCUAUAAAUGUAAAAUGUGUGUAAUAUUCAACUCUAAAAACCAUGUAUUUUUUAUUACUGCUUUUAAAAAAAUAAAAAAGUGUUAAAAGA